GCGUGACCAGAACGCCCAAGCCCGGCCCUUCCGCGGCGGUUGCGGUCGGUAUAUAAGAUGAGGAGGGCAGGUUCGGUUUCAGCGUCGGCAUCUCGCGCACCGCCCCGCCCUCCCACCAGAUUGCGCAUUCUACGCUGAAGUAGUCAUGGGCCUUUUCCAACUUCUGAUGAAGAAGAAGGAACUUAUCCCUUUAGUGGCAUUUAUAAGCUUUGCGGCGGUCGGAGCCUCAUCCUUCGCUGUGUAUUCCUUGCAGAAAAGCGAUGUGAUCAUUGAUCGGAAAAGAAAUCCGGAACCCUGGGAGUCUGUGGAUCCAACUGUACCUCAAAAGCUUGUGACAAUCAACCAACAGUGGAAGCCCAUUGAAGAGUUGCAAAAGGUGCGCAAGGCAACCAAAUGAGCAGUUGUCGCCUCUUCUUGCAAAGAGUACUCUAUGAAUCUAGUGGAAACAUUUCCGCACAGACUCGAUUAUGGGUGGCAGUGUGCGGAAGUGCUUCUGCUACAUUUUUAGGGUUUGCCUCCAUUUUUUCUGGACUCUGGAUGAAGAAUUAAAGGUAGCGCAGUCCUAACUACAUAGUCCAAACAUAAGUUUUGGUGUUUAUUAUUGUAAAUUUUGAAAUUUGCAUAUUGGAAUUUGUGUGUUUCUGAUGCCAGGAUGUUUUUUUUUCCCUGAAAUGUAUAGAUUUGUACAUGAGAUGCCUAUAAUAAAACAACUUUUGUGCAAGAUUUUGUAAUGGUUACAUGUAUGUAAAUGGCAGAGGAAAUCUUUCUAUGGGAUGAAAAAAAUACAUUAUGAAGCACGAAAUGAAAAUGGUUCCUAGCGCAGGUUUCUGUGUGAGCUUUUCUUGCAAGUUCAUCCAUCCACGGACAUGUACUGAGCAGCCACCCAGUGAAGUCAUGAACAAAGCCACGGUCUGGAGGAAUACAAAACGAAGUCGCUUUCAACAGUAGAAUGUCAUCAUCAAGGAAAUAGCUGAGUGACCAUCAAAAGAACAAAUUAAAAGGUUGCUAAACAUGAUAAGAAACACAACCAGCAAGACCAUCAGGGCCAGGGCUUGGGCUUCAUCUUGCCCUGGCAACACAUGUGUUUCUCCGGGCUAUAAGAGCAGAGUGUGGACACCGGGCAACCUCAUAUCCAAGAGGCACAAGUCCUGCUGCCCGCAGAACGGGGCUGAGCAGGUUGCAAGAGUUACCACAGGAAAUACACUGUCCCUGGCACAGGCGGUAACCAAUGAGCCAGGAGUUGUCCGUGUUGACUCAAUGCAUAGAAAUUUUCGCGGGAAAGAGUUGGAAAAAAAAUUCCAAAAAGGCCGUGGAUUCUGCCUUGGAAAGUGGAAGCCUGUAUAGCUGAAGAUAAAUGCACAGAACUGGCAAUAAAGUGCCUGAUGUACAGGAAGCACUCAUAAAAAUAUCUGCUGAACAGAAAGAAGAAUGGACCUUGUACAAGGUCUCAGAGCAAGUGAGUGACAAACCCAACUUUCAAACCCAAGCCUCUUCUUUCAGGUCACUUGUGCUAAAGGGUAGCCAGCUCCCAGGUGGCUGAUGAACUCAAGCAGUUCCAUGAAAAGGCCAGUGUGACAAGGGACUCCGGCCUUCUGCCAGCGUCUGUGAGUGAAUUAUGCUGGGGACCAGCCCUCCUGCUCUGGCUAAGCCUUUAGAUGACUGUUGCUUGGGGGAUGUUCACUACACCCCCAGGAGGGAUUCUGAGCCAGAACUCAGCUAUGUUAACUCAGUUGACCCACAGAGACUGCAUGAGGAGAUAACUGUUCAUUGCUUUCCCAUGGUUUGAGUGAUGCUUCUCCAGAUGAAGGGUUAAUAGAGGACCUGAGUGUAGAAGACAGAGCUGUGGAGCAGCUGGCCGAAGGAUUGCUUUCCCACUACUUGCCAGAUCUGCAGAGAUCAAAACAAGCCCUCCAGGAACUCAC